GACUUUUCUGCAUCAUAUUCGCCGCGGUCGCCGACGAGACGAGUUAUGUUUUAAAAUAAAAAUAUAUAUUUUUCCCAGUCUCAUCUCAGAAAAAAAUCAAAAGCAAUAAAAAUUUUCUUCUUCAAACUCAAAUGUAGCAUUCAAAAAAACUACUUUGUUCAAAACUUCUUGUUAAAAGUCUCUCGAUAAUUUAAUAUAAAUUUCAAUUGAAUAAAAUAUAUAUAUUUUUUGUGUUUUCUUGGUGUCGUGUUUUUUUAUUUUUCCUUAAUUUAUAUCAGGUCGUGUGUCUCAAGUGUGUUCCACCGACAACGACGAAGAACAUUCAUUUUUCACCCUGCUCAAGAGAGAAAAUUCAAUAAAAAAAAGAAGAUACUUUUUUUUCUCUCCAAAGUGCCCCUUCAGUCCUCUUUCAUUACGAAAUAAUAAACAAAAAAAAAGUUUAAAAUAAACAUCAAAUCAUGGCGAAAGAAAUCGAUGAUCUCAUAGAGAAACUUAAAUCCACCUCAAUCGACACCACAACCGAUGUUGAUAAAACUGCCUCGCUUCUUACUGAAAUAUCUGCCACAACCGACCCAAAAAGUUUUGAUAAAUUCGAACUGGCCGAUUCGUUUCUAAAUCUCAUCAAGUCCGACAACCAAGUCAUACAAAAAGAGGCUGCCAAAUGCAUAGCAGAAAUCACCAAAUCCGAAAUACAACGAAAAAAAUUCACAAACAAAAAUGUCAUCGAUAUGUUUGUGGAUUGUUUGAAGAGUGUCAAUAGCACCUCGAAUCUAGAAUUACCCAUACAAAUAUGUCGUGCUUUGGGCAAUAUUUGUUUUCUCAAUGACGAAGCACGUGAUAUAAUAUUGAAUACACGAGGCGAUGAGCAUUUGAUUAAUCUCCUCGAUGUUACCACCGAAUCUGAUAAGGUCAAUGAAUUGCUAUUUAUUAAAGUCCGUGGUGGACUUAUAUCGAAUUAUUUGCUUGGCGGGGAACGUGUGGCCAAACGUGCCAUGGAACUGAAGAUUAUGGAUAAAAUUCAAAAUAUUAUCGAUACGAGUAUUGAAAAUGUUGAUGGACAUGAAGAUCUCUUGAUAAAUACAUUGCCAAUAUUGAGCAUUUUGACGGAAAAUGUGGCCGAUUUAAAUUUUAGUACACAAUUGAAUACGCAAUUGGCGCGAAUAUUGGCUGCGUCAACAAAUCCGGAUCUAGCUGAAAUGUGCCUUGAACUUUUGCAUUAUCAAGCGGAGAAUGAUGAUGUGAAGGUGUUGCUGGCGAAAGAUGGUCUAUGUGAGACAAUUUAUAAUCUUUUGGAGAAAUAUAAGAAUUUGGCUAGUACUAGUGAGGCGCGAGCUUUGAUGAAGCUGGCAUGUGAACUCAUUGUACUUAUAUUAACUGGAGAUGAAUCAAUGCAUUAUCUUUAUUCGACACCGUUGUUAAAAAAUAUGGAAGAUUGGUUGGACUCAGUGGAUAUUGAUUUAUUGACCACAGGUGUAUUAGCUUUGGGUAAUUUUGCUCGCACGGAUAGCCAUUGCAUUUAUAUGGUCGAGAACAAAAUUAUGAAUAAAUUGCUGGACGUUCUCUCAAAAAAUAACGGUGUAAGUAAUGAUGUUCGAUUACAACAUGCCUUACUAAGUGCAUUGAGAAACUUAGUCAUACCAAAGCCAAAUAAAGGUGCUGUUAUACAAGCAGGUCUUGUAGAAACCAUUCUACCGAUGUUGGAAAUACACCAGCCGCCAGUUGUCUUUAAAUUAUUAGGAACACUCCGUAUGACAGUCGAUGGACAAGAGCCCUUAGCAAUGGAACUACUCAAAAACAAAACACUCAUCACACAAUUAGUUGAAUGGAGCAAGUCCUCAGAUUAUGCUGGAGUAACAGGAGAAUCUCUACGUCUAUUGGCAUGGCUCGUCAAACAUGCUUAUCUAUCAAAAAUAGCCUAUGUAAUGAACAGAGAUGGCGCCGAACCAUCUGCCAGUGCAGCACCUCCAAAACCACCAAACAUUGAUGAGACCAGUUUAAAAGCUUUUAUUGAAAUCGAUGGAACUGUUGAAUCGAUGGUUAAUAUGUUAACAUCACAGCAUUUGGUAAUGCAAAAUGAAGCCCUUAUUGCCUUAUGCAUACUCUCCGUUGUGUACUUAAAUAAAAAACCAGCUGACAGUGAAAUUGAACUGCCUGAGAUGCUUAUUAAAUAUGAACUUGGCAAGAAGCUGGGCGAAUUAAUACGAAAGUCAUCGGAUACAAUGACAAAGGAAAUUGUCGAAAAUCUACAGAAUUUUACAACUCUGCUGAAGACAUCAGAUAAAUUGGUUAGUCAUUUAGAUCAAAAUAAUAUUAAUGAAUUGUUGAAAUCAAUUCCACGUUUAACAGAGUAUUGUACGCUAUAAGAACUAGGCUGGGUGUGGGAUGGGGGCGAAUUCGAGAUUGUUAUAUAAGAAAAUAUAUAAAAAGUAUUGUAAGAUGUUAGGUUUUAUAAGAGAGUGAGGGAUAACAAAAAGAGAAGGGUGCAAUUUUGACGGGAAUACGCGAUCGAUAAAAUAUAAGUAUAAGCGGCAAUGUGUGAAAACAUUUUUGUUUUUUAAGUCUUUUCUUUGAUUUAAAGAAACAACUGUAUGAGAUUAUUUUUUAGUUUUUAUUCUAAACAGAUUGACUUCAUUGGAAAAAUAUAUUAAUUGUAUUGUGUAAGAUAAUUUCUUGUUUUCAAACAUACAUACAAUUUUUUCAACAUUAAAUACACCGUUUGAUAUAGAAUCAUUAAUUAAAUAAUUAAAACAAACUUCGAUUAAAGUCGAAUUGUCCCCAAAUAGUGUACCGCCUUCAUAAACUUUUUGAGAUAGCCAUGUCCAAAGUUUUUCAAUUACAUUAAAGUCCAGUGAACUAAGGUAUCUCAAGGUAAAAGUUUAACGUCUUCUGAAUAUCCACUUUCUUUAAUGCCUUAUUUACGACUUUGAUCUUUUCCCAAACAAGCUCUUCUUUUCUUAUAUCAUGAAAAAGUUGUAACCAUCGGAAAACAACUUUUUGGGAUGUCGCUAUUCU